AUGCCUCCCCCUGUUCCCAGAAUUGUGCCUGCGCGUCACCGUUCAACGCUUGAGCCUGGACAGGAGCGCUUUGUGUUUUCUGACAGCAGCGUUCUCCAUGGACAACCCCCAAUCAUGAAGACUAGAGCCCAGCUGAGCCUUGAACAAAAUCUCCAGGGUAUCCAAAGAGGGCAAUCCUCUAGCCAGCCAGCUACAGAACGCGCUGAGCAAGCUCCUCGCGACAAGCCCCGCGAUGCCAAACCUCGUCUGUUGUUGAUGGGAUUACGCAGAAGCGGUAAAUCUUCCAUCUCAAGCGUUGUCUUCCACAAGCUCCCACCUACGGAGACUCUCUUCCUCGAAUCUACCACUCGUAUUCAAAAAGAUUCGAUUCACACUAACUCGGCACUCGCGUCAAGCUCAUUCAUGGACUUUCAGAUCUGGGAUUUCCCUGGACAGUUGGAGUUCUUGGAGCCAUCUUUCGACAUUGAAGAGAUUUUUGGCACACUUGGGGCCCUCGUUUGGGUUAUCGACGCUCAAGACGAUUAUUCAGACGCAGUAGCUCGUUUGAAUCGCACAAUCCUGACGGUUCAGCAGUACUACCCGCAUAUUAACAUUGAAGUCUUCAUUCAUAAAGUGGAUGGCUUGUCAGAGGAGUUUCGCUCCGAUAUCUUCCAGGAUAUCGUCCAGCGCAUCACUGAUGAACUCAGCGACGCUGGUUAUGAAAAUGCCCCGGUGCAUUUCUACCUUACCUCUAUUUACGACUAUUCUGUUUUCGAAGCUUUCAGUAAGGUCAUCCAGAAACUCAUUCCGUAUCUCUCGACCCUUGAGAAUCUCAUCAACAUCGUUGCCAACAACUGCGGUAUGGAAAAGGCAUAUCUUUUCGACGUCCUUAGCAAGAUUUACAUUGCAUCAGACUCUCGUCCAGUGGAUAUGGCAUGCUAUGAAAUGUGCUCCGAUUACAUCGAUGUGAUUGUUGACAUCAGUGAGUUGUAUUCAUGGGAGCAUCCGGAUCGCAAACCAUUAGGCCCUCAGGUUCCUGAAGCAGAGAGCCAUGUUAUCUUGCACGACGGAUCUAUGAUUCAUUUGAUGGAAAUGAAUAAAUACUUGUGUUUGGUGUCCGUGAUCAAGAAGAAAGAUGCAAAGGAAGUCCUUGGGCUCAUCAACAUGAACUGCAGCAUGUUUCAGGAGGCCUUGAAUGAAGUCUUUGCGAGAAGCUGGGAGCGCGACCAGUAG